CUGUCGUUUGAAAAAUUGGCGCCAAUGCAAACACCACGUGUCGGUUUAAGCGCAUGCGCUCUAACUGUCCCGGUCUGCCAUCGUCAAACUUUGUGCUAGGUUGCCAUGGAAAAGCCCACAACAAAACUACCCCUUCAAGUCCAUAGCAACCGGCGUUUAUUUUCCUCCAACAACCACAGUGUCAAGCUAGGAUCCCUGAGGAAAGAGCAAACUUUCCUGUUAUCAAGAUUAUUGGAAACAGUAUCACCGGUUUGUUUGCACUUCGGGGUCAAGCUGAACGAUGAGCUUGGCUAACAAAAACCUGGACAAGUGUACCUCGGUGACCAAUUCGUUGAUUCCGUAUUCUAGCUCGUGUUCCGGCAGUAGUAGUAGCUGGGAUAAAACGGACUAUAACUCGUUUCGACCGGGUAAACUAUCCACUAGGGACGAAGAUGCACUGAGUUCAAUAUCAGGGUCGUCUUUAUCCUCACGCGGAAGCCGGCAACGUGGUGGUUUUCAGGUGGACUUGCUUAGUUCGGAACCGGAGGAUUUUGACGAAAGUGAUCAUCUGUUCCAUAUGGAUAUCAUGAAGAACAGUCUGAGUGAUAUAUCUCUGCCGGAAUCUAGGAAAAUGGUUCCUAAUAAGGCGAAAAAUUCACAGAAUAUGUCGUUCUCGCGGGAACGAGUACGGGAAAUUGAACGACACAAUCAACUGUUGCUGCAGAGAAUAAUGACCACCAAACCAACGCUGAGGACGUCAUCGAAGAAAAAUGUAACGGUCGUCAGUACGCCCCUGACAAACAACUCACGAACCACGAGUGCUGCGGUCAAUCGAAAGAAGAAGCAACGUCAAAUCGACAUAGAUAAUCAGCUUCUAAGGAAGAAACUCGAAAAAAUUGAACGAUCUCGGCGUAACGUCUGGUGAGAGGUCGUGUUUGAUUUUCGGUCUGGAAAUCGCAAUAGAGUAUACAUAUUUUCACGUAGAGCUUUUAAGACUAUCACUGCCGUUGUUCUAUUGUUCGGAAAGCAUCAAGACGGUGAUAAAUUUUUGCUAACAAUCAAAAUUGUCAGAAUUUAUAUAGAAAUGAAUA